CCACUAGCAGUCACAUUGAUUGUCACUUAUGACGACGAGCGACUCUUAACUCCACGAAUGUAUUCGAAGUGUCGUUUACGUGUGUAUAACAGAUGUACAGCCCACGUUUGCUAGCUAGCGUGCUAACAACAAGGCUCGUUUGGCUGACGUUGUGGGUUUACGCCGAACCCGGACCACGUUGUCCCCGAAAAUCCAUGUCCGAUACUGUACUGGCGUGACAAGUCGACGCGUACUCGGGAGUGGAUCGGAGGGGCGAGUCCGAGGAGUCGGGCGACGACGAGACCAGGAGGAAGAGCAUCAAUGGCGACAUGGAUCCAAAUCAGCCUCCCGCCACCAGUAAAGAAGAGUCACCCGUUGACAUGGACACCAUCACCUUGGACCCGGAUGAGGAGGAUGUUGACCUAGUUCACUGCCGUAUUGGAAAAAUUGAAGGACUGGGAGUGCUACAGAAAGCAAAAACCCUUUCCUUACGACAGAAUCUGAUCAAAAAAAUUGAAAAUCUCGACAGUUUGAGCUCACUGCGGGAACUCGAUUUGUAUGACAAUCAAAUCCGGAAGUUGGAGAACCUGAACAAGCUCAUGCAAUUGGAGCAGCUCGACGUGUCCUUCAACGUUCUGAGGAAGGUAGAAGGUUUGGAGCAGCUGACUCGGCUGAAGAAACUUUUUUUGCUUCACAACAAAAUCGGCAACAUCGCCAACCUGGGCCACCUCCCCUGUCUGGAAAUGCUAGAGCUGGGCUCCAAUCGCAUUCGCGUCAUAGAGAACCUGGAUACCCUCACGUCUUUGCAAAGCUUAUUCCUCGGCACCAAUAAAAUCACCAAGCUGCAGAAUAUGGACAGUUUACACAGCCUAACUGUGUUAAGCAUUCAGAGUAAUCGGAUUACUAAAAUGGAGGGUUUACAGAACCUGGUCAGCCUGCGAGAGCUCUACCUGAGCCACAAUGGCAUUGAGGUCAUUGAGGGCUUGGAAAACAAUAAAAAGCUGACGACUCUAGACAUCGCAGCCAACAGAGUGAAGAAGAUCGAGAACAUCAGCCAUCUAACAGAGCUACAGGAGUUCUGGAUGAACGACAACCAGAUCGACAACUGGUCGGAUCUGGACGAGCUGAAGAAUGCCAAAUCCCUGGAGACUGUCUACCUGGAGAGAAACCCCCUGCAGAAGGACCCACAGUAUCGGCGAAAGAUCAUGCUGGCUCUGCCUAGUGUGCGCCAGAUCGACGCCACCUUCAUCCGCUUUUAAACAUGCAGUACGGUAUACUGUAAUGCCGUCCACUUCAGUGUUGCAACCCCCCCCCCCCCCCCACCCUCACCCCACACACACACCUGCCACACCUCCAGCCGUCACUCACCGAAUCCUUUUUCCUUUCCAUAUACAUAAUAUAGAGUGCAACGUGAAAGUCACCCAUGUCUGCACUUAUCUGCAACUCCAUCCGUGAGUUGGAAACGUAUUUAUUUAUGCCACUGGAAAUUAACUGAAGUAAUUUCAAAUCCAUCACUUUCCUAUUGUUGAUCGUGCACAGCAACAUAUUUGUCACAUUUCGAAAGAUCCAAAGGGAAGAGGGAACACUCACAAAAACAGUGCUACCUUGACUUAAGAUUAAAAAAAAGUCUCACAAUGAUGAAAUUCCCACUUCACAGCAGCAAAAUUAUGAGAGGGAGAAGUACAAGAACAAAAUAAAUAGGAGCUGCUGGAAAGGCAGCCACUCUCGCGGCGCCAUCCUGCAGUCAAAAUAACACAAGAAAACACCUAAGACACAGUCAUGCAAUCUUAAUCACUUUUCCUGCAUACACUUUGUUGCUUGAAGCAGUUAUAGAUGAAAGAGGAGAGGAUCAAAGUGUCCUUUCACCAGUGGAUCAGAGAUGCUGAAAAUGUGCACAUGUCUGCUACAAGCUAAGUUUUGAAAGCCAACACAAAGCUGUAGUGUCCAUUGAUGGAAAGAGAUUGGCUCACAUCUCCUGUCCCACGUCAUCCACUUCAACUCCAAGCCGUGGAACUCGCAGUCCCACAUCCGCAUUAGGCGCCCUGCGCUGACGCUCUUUUCUUCUCAUCGUCGGCUCCUCAAGCCUUGACCUACAAGCCACUUGACCUACCUUGACCGUUAUCACUUUGGCCUGAUAUACACAAAGACAAUCAGGCCGUUAUUAUCCAGAUUUUAGCCACUUCCCGACCAAGGAUGUCAAGUACUAGACUAUCUUAUAUCUUAUUAGAUAGUAAGAUUAUCAUUUCAUCUCAAUGUGUUAAGCAUGCAUUUGUCCCUAUAAUAGUGUCUACAAUAAUGUUGUCUUAAAUAUUAAACGUUUUCAGUUGGUUGCGGUAAAUAAAACAAUGCCACCUGCCCAAUGUCAUCUUUGGAAUGAAAGUGGGUUUCCGAAAUAUUUUCUAAAGCAGGUCUUUUUUGCCAUCAUGGCUCCCUUUGGUCCUCUGGAAACACUUGGGUAACAUUGGCCCAUAUCCCUAAGUGUCUAUUCUUUGUUAUGCUUCGUCUUUUUGUUUUCAUUUGUUUUUCUUUUUGGUUACGAGUGAGCUUCAAAUAUGCUGCCACUGGAGUGAAGGGAAAACAAAAAAGCAAAUAAGGUAUUGUAAUUCUGUGGCAUGUGGGCAAGAAGAGACAAAGUCAAAGGAGCUGCUGUCGGCCGCAACCCAGAUGUUCAUCCACAGGAUAACUGACUCAAGCUUGUGAUGUCAUUCAAUAGGCUAUGCCCAUCAAAGGGACACAUUCAACUCUUAUUAAAAUGUUGUAUAAACAAUUGUGCUUGGUGGCUACUGAAUUCAUGACUAUUCAUUUCAAUGAGGAAUGCUGAUUUGACAUGAGAGGAAAAGUGAAAAACAAUUGUAAAAGUUAUAAGUCAAGGUAGCACUGCACUACAAGCUGGGCCAAAAGUAGGUAUGCACUUGGAAAGUGAUUCAACAUACAUUCAGUUUUUUUUCUGUGACAUAUUUUCUGAUCGCCAUCCUUCAGAGUUGCUCUUUAUUCUUAUAUCCUAUCUUCCUCCUGUCGAUUAAACCAGCUUUUCUGCCUUUUUUUCCUGACAUCAGUCCUUUCUGACCUCAGUCUGACCUUUCUUCCCCUCAAACAAAGGCAUCAUUUUCUUCCUCACCUUCAUCCUUCCCUAAACCUUCCUUCCAUCAUGCCUGUUUUUUCAUUCAUGCAUUAUUUGCAUAUCAUUCCAAAUCCACACGGUAUUUCCUUCACAUGCUUUUCUGCCCUCGCUCCCUUCCUAUAGUCUCAGAUAUGCUUCCUCACUUGGUCACUCCCAUCAUUACUACUUCGCUGCCUUCCUCUCUUUGGCACCUGUCCAAUAAUACUUUAGAAUUUACGUUCUUUUUUUCUUGGUUCAAUUUAUUUAACAUAUGUGGUACAUUUUAAAAAAAAUUCAACAAAAAAAAAACAUUUUCAUAUAAUAAGAGUAUUCCUACUUUUUGCCCUCCUUGUAUAUCCCGUAUUUGAGCUUAUUGAAAACACUCCCAAAGUAGGCAUUAAACCUUUUUAUCGGAAGAUGCAUGUUUUGAAACUUAAUUGCAAAUUUCAUGUGUAUGUUUUUAAAAUAAUUUAUAGCAAAACGCGCCGAAUGUCCCCCAGUCUUGUCUCGUCCAUCUUACGACUGAGUGACACCUCUAUCGUCAAGUAAAGCUUACAAGAAUGUAACAUCUGUCUAGGAUGGUAAAUAAUCUUUUUUUAUUUUUGUUUUAGUGUGUGUGUAAUACUGAUCACAGCUUUGUUUCUUUUGCUUGUUCCAUUGUCAGAUUUGUUUGGAGUGCUUCACAAAGGUUUUUACUGGUUUACCUCGACCUCAGAGACGGAUGACAGUUUAUAGAUGCUGCAGUGACACUUUCUGUAUUAUUUAUUGACAGUUGCACUCAACUAAAAAAAGCUGGGGGGCUGUUUGUGUGGUGAUCUCUUGUAAAAGUGAGAGCACUUGAUUUGAUCCAUGUAUACAUUCAAAGAAAUAAUGAGUUGAUUUUGUUUUUUAAUGGAGUUAAGAAGUUAUACACCUCGUAGAUAUUAUUUUACACUUGGUUUUAAGGAAAUACAAUGACAAAUAAUGACGUGAAAGAGUCUGUUUUGCCGUGACCUGAAGUGGUUCGAAUCAAGUGAUCUUAAAUUGUCAAUGAAACAGUAAACCGAUAUACUAUUUGUUGUUUAAAUAAUCUACAUCACAGGGUUUUUGGACUUGAAAUGGAAUGUAUUAUGCAAACAACAAUAAAUGUAUAGUACUACUACUUAUUAAA